AUGGCUGUCGUUAUUGAGGUGGUAAUUGUCCUCGAAGAUGGUUAUUGUAGCAUGGUUGGUGUGGCCAAACAAUUGGGGUCCCCACCCCCGCUGCACCACCCUCGCCCCCGCUACACCACCCACGCCCCCGCGGCACCACCCUCGCCCCCGCUACACCACCCUCGCCCCCGCUACACCACCCUCGCCCCCGCUACACCACCCUCGCCCCCGCUACACCACCCUCGCCCCCGCUACACCACCCUCGCCCCCGCUACACCACCCUCGCCCCCGCUACACCACCCUCGCCCCCGCUACACCACCCUCGCCCCCGCUACACCACCCUCGCCCCCGCUACACCACCCUCGCCCCCGCUACACCACCCUCGCCCCCGCUACACCACCCUCGCCCCCGCUUCACCACCCUCGCCCCCGCUACACCACCCUCGCCCCCGCUGCACCACCCUCGCCCCCGCUACACCACCCUCGCCCCCGCUACACCACCCUCGCCCCCGCUGCACCACCCUCGCCCCCGCUACACCACCCUCGCCCCCGCUGCACCACCCUCGCCCCCGCUGCACCACCCUCGCCCACGGCCCAAACUGCUACAGCAUUUUUGAACGGUGAGACACAGCUGGGACAGUUCGUGGAACAGAGACGAAAUAAUAUCCCCAGUGAAAGCACUAAGCCAUUACGACGAUAUAGCACUCCGAUGCGGUAUGAGGAAAAGGAUUUAGGGGAGGAUGUAGGAAAGGAUUUAGUGGCCAACCACUUUGGACAGUCGGCGAUUGAACGCCGACCUGCAAGAAGCGAGGUCUUCGCGCUAUGA